GUUGAUGUUGGUUCGUCGUACGGCGUGGUUCGCAUUUUCAAAACAGUUCGCUUGCAUUGUGUGUUUAAACUGUGGCAAAUCAACAUUUCAAAUUAGCUAUGGAAACGGAAAAACGAAUUAUCAAUAUGGAUUCCAUUUAUAAAAAUGAACCCAAUAAAAUUCGUAAUAUUUAGAAGCAAAAUUAUUCCAAUAAGCAUAACAUAAGAAUUAAGCUCGAAGCUUUCUGUGCACAUAACAAAAGCAAAAGUAAAAACACACUCAACUCUUUGGCAGAGUGAACUCUUCAUCAAUCAAAGAGAGCGAACAAAAGAGAGCGCGCGAGCGCACUUUGCUUUUCCCUACACGCCCAUUUCUACCACGAAUAAGCGAUUGGAACUAAAAAUAAAAUUAAAAAUACAAAAUUUAAUAGACGUUUGGCAAUAAAUCAAUUAAAAAAUUAAUUCAACGAAUAGCAAUAACAACGUUAAACGAUAUUUAAGCGGCUUGCAGCGGCAACUCAAAGUACCAGCAAAAACUCAAAGAGUUUGCGCAAACAUAAAGAGAGCAAGCAAGCUGGCAAUUGCACUGAGAGAGAGGGCGCAAACACACAAAUAAAGAGGACGGCAAACUCGCUUGUCGAAAAUACAACGACAACAAACACACACACACACAUACACAAAUAUACAUACGUCAACAAAUUUUGGUUGAGUGCUCCAAAGUCUCGUGCUUGGCUCUGUUGGCUCCAGAUAGAAAUUGAGUCUCUCGCGUGACACAACGUGCGUCCAAACGAGCGGAAACUUUUUCUUGCGUGUGUCGAAGUUUGCUCUGUUUUUCUUUCUUUGCUUUUUGUUGCUCAUUCGUUUGAGCAACAUUAGCAGCACCAGCGCCGCCCCGACUGAAGUCGGUCACCAAAUAACCACGAAUUCGCAAUACAAAAAGUGUGUUUUUUUGUCUAAACGUCAAAGUCUACUGCAAAUCAACAUAAUUUAUAACAAGUGAUGUAAAAGAGGCGAGCGCAAUAAAUAAACAUUGCCGUUUAAAAGACGCGACUUGGAAAAUAUUGAUUUUUUUUGUGUGAAAAGCAACGCGCGUCGAUGACCUCGACGUCAGCGACUGCGAUAACUGUAUAAAAGCAAAAGCGAGAGAAAAAGAGAGAGAGAGAGGCGACAAACAAAAACGUUAUUGCCCAAAUCCAAUUGAGCCACGUUUUACAUAAUUACUCAAGCGCACAAGGCAAACGCAAACGAAAACGCAACAAAAGCAAAACCAAAACUAAAAGCAAAACUAGCAAAAGCACAAAUUAUAACGGCGUCCGCAAACCGAGUGCAAGUGGAAAAACUUUUUGCUGCUGGCAGAAGAAGGCGUAAAAGUAGCACGACACUUCCAGAGAGCGGCACAAGCAGCUGCAGUCGAAAAUCACAGAGACACAUGCUUAGAUAUCGGCUCGUAUCCACACACUUCCUAAAGCAGCCGUAGUCAGCCCACAGGCAACGCUAGCGAGAAAGAGAGAGAGAGCGAGCUAAAGCGAACGAGUGUGAGAACGAGUCAGCAGCAACAAGAGUGACACAGACAAGAAAAAAGAGAGACAGAGAGAGCGAGAGCGAUUGAGAGCGCACCGUCACUGGAAGACCGACCGAGCGAUCGCAGGAUACUCCAACGACAAGCGGCGAGCAAUAAAAAGUACGUCAGGUGCGUCGGCUGUGCCCAUUCACGUGCAGAACGUUGCACUGCGAGGAACUGUGACCGGAUUUCUUGAAUUAUUGUCUAGCGAUUAAACGUUGCCCAUUGCUUGGGGGGUCAGCCACAACUUGAAAGCAAAAGCUUAACCCUUGAACGCCUGAAACACCGCAACAGUUGCAAACGACUUGCAGCAGAGCGGCAUCUAAUUUGCAACGAACGGGCAUUAUAAUUCAGUCACAACGUAUUCGCUAGGCGUUCUCCGAUUACUCGGUUUGAGCUGUUUUAAUUUAGAUAGCGAAAAUGUGCAGAGAUCGCGAUAUGAGUUUGUCAUAGAUCAGCGCAAUCGUCAGUAUAAGGUUAAGAAAAAAUACAAACCAAUGCUGAACUGAAUGUAACAGGCACAGACUGAGACAAACAGCAAGCGAGUGCGAGAGCGAGCGAGCGAGCGAGAGAGAGAGAGCGCGAGAGCUAGUACGAGUGAGAGGAAUAGAGCCUUGGACCAAGCAACAACAACAACAACAACGAGGAUUUCUACACACGAUCCAAGCUAAAAUACCAAAGUUAACAAUUUAAGCCUACCCCCCAUGAGCCAUUUAGCCAAAUCAAUCAAUUAGCAACAACAGCAAUAAAAACGACAACGUCGAUCAAAAGGAUCACCAAUUUGCAUGUGUGUGCGUGUGUGUGCUCACUCACCAGAGUACAAAUUGUGAAAUGUGACUAUUAUUUGCAAGCACUCAAAUUCAACCAAUCCAAGACCAACAACAACAACAAAAGCAACAACAUCAAAUAAACGCGUUAUUUCGCCUCUAAAAUAUAACAAAGAAGGCCGAAAGUGGUUUAUUCAAUUCUCGGAUUGCGGUAACGCAGUAAAAUUUCAACAGAGCCAUCAUACAAAUUAUACAAAAAUAAUUAAUAUUAAUUUUAUUACUCACAAAUAACUACAACCGUCGUGCAGCUGGCGAACGUACGUGGAAAAAUCAGCAAAAUUGAAGACUUUGCGAAAAACAUUUGGAAGUCCGUUAAGGCUUGCAUUUGCGGCAUGCGCCAUCCCACAACAGGCCUUAACGAAGACGACCUGAGUCGUCUCACUGGUUCAUCCUCUUCAUCAUCGUCAGCUGGCGCCAAUUCCUCUCCCGCCUCCUCGUCGUCAUCAUCGUCGUCGUCGUCAUCAUCAUCAUCAUCUUCGUCCUCCCCAGCCGCACAGGCUACGCAGGACAUUAGCGAUGUGGCACAGCACACAUCGCAUACGCAUACGGAGGCGACAACGCCACGCUUCAGUUCCACCUAUUUACCCGAAAUCAUAAAUCCACUCGAAUGGCAAAAGUCACGCAAACGCAAGGAGCGCCUCGACAGCUGCUCGGCGAGCAUUCAGGAUCGCAAAUUGCAACGCAGCAACAGCGAGGAGCUGCUCACUGAACCCGACACAGCAGCUGAGUCCACUGCAGCAAACACACCAUUGAGCAAACACAGCGAGGUGAUUAGACGCGUCUCCUCUGAGGAUUUCAAGCGGACCGCCAGCUAUGCCAGCUAUUGCCGUGAAUUUGAGCGCGAUGCGGACUCCGAUCUGCCGGAGCAGCAGCAGGAGAAUAAUGCGUCGCUCGCCAAUGUUGCCACACUCAAUCACAAUACGGACUCCAACAAAGAUCGAGCCCGCUUCGAGACGAGUCCAGCGCGCUCCGAGCAUCUGCAACAGCUGCAGUCGCAGCAGCAAUCAAAUCGCGAGACCAGCGAUGACAGCGAGUGCGAACAUGAGCGUCGACGCAGCAGCGAACGCUUCUGCAAAUCCCGACAGCCGCCGGUGCGCAAAUCGGGGGUCAGCAAGAAGCCCAACACAUCCUCCACGGGCAAAUAUUUGCCAUCGCGACGCGACGAGCAAAGCGCCUACAAAUAUGAUUUGUCUGCCUUGAAAUACGAGCGACGUGGCUUCAUCAGCAGCAAGAAACAGCAGCAGCAGCAGCAGCAGCAGCAGCAGCAGCAACAGCAGCAACAACAGCAACAGCAGCAACAGCAAAGCACCGCAGCAACAGUUGCCGAUCACAAUGACAACAAUUUGAUUGACUUCCAUCAGCAACAGUUGCAGCAGCAGCAGCAGCAACAGCAGCAAUCCCAGUCAAAGCACAGCACCAGCAUCUCACCCACGCCGACGACAAGCAGCUCGUGCAGUUCGGCGGGCAGCGAUGACAGCACACCAAAUGCCGCACCGAUCAAGGCCAAGCCGCCCCAGCGCCAGCAACAGACACUCAACUUGACCUCCGCCCAGGAGUCGUUGCCGUGGGUGCGUGGCGAUGAGCCAGCGCCGGUUUUGAGCCGGCGCUACGCCCACUCGCGUCAUCAUGCUGGCGAGAAUAUAGAUGCAGCCGCCAAGCUGUCCAAGGUGAUGCCCUAUCCACAGCAGCUGCCCAAGCAGGCGGCCAGUGUGCAGCAGCUGCUCAGCGAGGAUAUGGACUGCAUGGAGCCAAUGGAUGCAGCGCGUGCGUUUAGCUCGCUGGAGAAUAUUCGCACACGGGAUGUUAUGCAGCAGGUGGUGCCGGCCAUGAUAUCCUACCAGACGCCCGAGGAGCGUGUCAAGGCCAUCAACCGUCGCGUGACGGCGUUGAAGAAGAAACUCGUCCAGCUGGAGGAUUCGCUGGAGCAGCGUCUGGGCUACAGGCCAUCGCAGGCGGAGCGCUUGAAUGAUAAGUACAUGAAGAAUGCGCUCGCCGAAUUGAGCAAGCUGCGCAAGGAGCGUCACGAGCUUAAGACUGAUCCCAUUGCCGCCUUGGGCCUCAAGGUGGGCAACAGCGGCUGCGGCGUCGGCUGCGGCAGCGGCAGCGGGAUUGCAGCUAGCGGCCAGGAAGCGGCCAAGAAAUUGGAACGCAUGAAAAGCACUCUCAGCGAAAUCGAACAGAAUCUCAGCGAGAAACGCACGCAAAAUCAUCGGCCGCAGCCAUUGGACGAGCUGACAUCCGUUCAGUUGGUGCAGGAGAAGAGCGCCGUGCAGCAUGGCCUGCUGUAUUUUGAGAGUCAUUACGGCCAUCCCGUUACCAAGGAGGAGCGCGAUGCAGCGCGUCCUCUCUACGAUCGCUAUCGUCAGCUGAAGCGUUUGGUAUCGCGCAGCAUUAUGUUUGGUGGCGGCACCGGUGUGCCCGAGCUGCCCACCAUACUGGAACACGAGGCUAUGGUCUUUGAGGCAACAUCGACACCGCUGCAGUAUUCAUCGAACAACAGCACUGAGACAACAAACUCACCCAGCGACUCCAUGGCGCCAAACACUCAAACACAGAAUGCUUCCUCCGAUGAGUCUACCACCACCACGACGACAACAAAUACCGCAACGGAGACGCACACCCAGGCGGAGAAUAUAGCGGCACUUAGUGUGGAUCAGCUGUGGGAGCAGCUGGAUCGUGUACGCGAUGAGAAGACACUGCUCAAGUCCACCAUACGCGAGUACGAGUCCAUAUUCGAGGAUCAGAACGGACGCAAGAUGUUGAAGAUCGAUCGUAAAUCCCUCGAAACGGAGACCUAUGCUCAGUAUAAGGAGAAGAAGGCAAAGGUGCGUCUGUUGCAGGCGCUGAUCAAGAAGCACAUUGGACACUAGUUGGCAAACAACAAAAUUGAUCCAACUACACACACAUAUACACACCCACACACACACACACUCAUUCAAACUAUUUAUUUCAUACCCGUAAAUUAAGAAUUAUUUCAAUAUAUGAUUAUAUACAUAAACAUACAAACAAAUAUACAGUACUUACAUAAUUAUAUAUAUAGUACUUACAUAAUUAUAAAAAGAAGAAAGAAAGAAAAAGAAAAAAAAACAAAAGAGAAACAUACAUAUAUGUAGUUUUUAGAUUUACAUUUAUCAUAUAUUCUAUUAUGAUAAAUUUUAUGAAUAUUGUUGAUUCCUUAUUGUUUUUUGAAAACAUCUAUACGAUAAAAUAUACAUAUAAAACAAAUACAAAAAAAAAAAGAUUAUAAUAUGAAAUUCAAGAAGCUGCAAGCAAUUUGGUUCUCAAAGACAAACUCAUCUUAAAUUGGUUCAUAAGCAAGAAAUAUAUAUACAUACAUAUACAUAUAUAUAGGUAUAUUUCCUACAUCCAUAUAUCAUGCAGACUUCAAUACGGAAUUGAUAUCUAUAUAUUGUAUUCGAAUAACUCCUUGAGCUUCGUAUAACUCUUUCAGUCUAUCGUCAUUGAUGUUAAAAAAUGAAUCUUCAAUUUUCGAUGAAAUUAUCAUUCUUUAUGUUCGUUCCCCUUAGCAGAGACCUUAAACGCUCUAUAUAUGACUGAACCGCUUUCAGACAUUUACGUAUUUGAAGAAAAAAUAGAAGAACAAAAAAUAAGUCGAGUACAUUGACAUUAUUUUGGAAUAAACGAUUUCAAUUCACAUAUUUUUGCACUUAUUAAUUAGUUGUAGAGUUCUAUGUGUGUUAAAGCAUAAAUCAAAUAUGAGAAUAUUAAUAUUUAAAAGAAAACUUUAUAAAUGUUGUCUAUCCACUUUAGUCACAAAAUUUUAUAACGCUAUCCAAAUACUACAUACAUAUUUAUAACUAUAUAGAUAAGUGUAUAUGUGUUUAGCAAUUAAAAACGGAAACAUUUA